AUGCGGCGCUUCAAGGAACAAAAGAAAACAAAAAAAAAUAAUGGCGAAGUGGGGCGAAGGGUUGAAAAAAAUGCCACACAAUGGUCGAAAGACAAAUUAUCUGAAUUACUUGUUGGUUUAACGAUAGAAAAUGAUCAACUACGUUGUGAUAUUAAAGAACUGAAAAAAUGUGAUGGUGAAGCGUCAGCUAAUAAUCGUAAAGCAAAAUUAGUUUAUUUAUACGAGUGGCAUAUUGAAGCAAAAUACGAAGGUUACAUUAAAGAUUCAGAUAAUGAUAAUAAAACCAAAUAUCAAGGAGAAUUAGAAAUUCCCAAUCUUUCUGAUGAAAAUUCGAUCGAUGAAGUUGACAUAUCAUACUCAAUUGAAAAAGAAACGAAAGGACAAAAAUUUAAAGAAUUAAUGAUAACUCAUGGCACGCCUAUUAUUCGACAUCGUUUAAGUGAAUAUGUACGAUUGUUAAAAGAACAAUUUUCACAAGGUCUUAUCCUGCCAACAAAAGAUAAAAUAAUUUCAUCAUCAAUUGAAAAGAAACCACCACCACCGUCUACACAAAGAGUGGUAUCAAAAAGUAACUCAUCUACAUCGUCUACGACAUCAUCCUCAUCAUCAAAAAUCUUAGAAACAAAAGAUUUAGUAAUCGAAGAUUAUUUUAAAUGUUCACGUAACGAAUUAUUUCAAACAUUCACGGAUAUUAACAGGGUUAAAGCAUUUACACAAAACAGUGUUCAGCAUUACGAUUGUAAACAAGGUGGAUGGUUUUCGUUAUUUGGUGGUAAUAUCACUGGUAAUUUUAUUGACAUUAUUCCUUAUGAUACAAUAGAAAUGUUAUGGAGAUUUAAACAAUGGCCUGAGGAACAUUUUUCACAUGUGCGAUUAGAAUUUAUUGAUGAAAAAGACCAAACAAAAUUGGUUGUAAGACAAAAUGGUGUACCUGCACAUUUUUAUGAUAAUACAAUGGAAGGUUGGAAACGUUUCUAUAUUGACUCAAUUAAACAAACGUUUGGCUAUGGAUCAAGGCUAAUUUAA